AUGUCUUCCCUAUUUGAUGCCGUUCUUCAAUCCGAGCUAGGCUCCGGGUCGGUCGCCCGUGAGCACUUGCGAUCCGAUCACCUCCCGAGCUCUCGCCGCUCCGAGAGCAAUGGCCCCAUGAGUGAUAUGAACACUUUUCCAGAUGACCAAGUUGUCGGCGCAGGCUCUUCGGCAGUCAGCCGGCUACGGAAUCCCUAUGCACCAGGCCCCGCGCCCGUGAUCGAUGAGGCCGGAGAGAAGGUGCAGCAGGCAUUCCAGGAAAUGCUUUCAACAUUCAUGGAGGAGCCUUCAUCAUCUGCCCCACCAUCAUCAGGAGAGAUUCUGAGCGACAAGUACUAUGUAGCCCAGAUCAAGGGCAUGAAAAAAUUCGAACUGUCCACCCUUUAUGUGGACUUCACCCACCUGACCUCUAUGGAAAACCCCAUUCUGGCCGACGCCAUUGCCAGCCAAUACUAUCGUUUCCUCCCCUUCCUUACUAAGGCCCUUCACAACCUGGUCGCCAAAAUUGAACCGGAAUACUUCUUGUCGCAUCGCCUGGCCUCGACCGCCUCGACCCGCUCCAAUGCCUCGGUGUCCAAGGCCUACGAAAAUGUUCAAGAUCCCGACAAACUGGACAGUCAGCAUCGCGGCAAAACCCGCCACCAACAGACCGACAAGUUGUUCGCCCUGGCUUUCUACAACUUGCCAUUGGUCUCCAGACUUCGACAACUUCGUACAUCGCAAAUCGGAAAAUUGCUAUCGGUCUCCGGAACUGUGACCAGAACUUCUGAGAUCCGGCCGGAGCUGUCUCUAGGCACCUUUAUUUGCGAGGGUUGCAGGACUGUUGUGCCCAAUGUGGAACAGACUUUUAAGUACACUGAGCCCACCGAGUGUCCGAAUGACACAUGUGGUAACCGCAAUGGCUGGCGCUUGGACAUUGGCAAAAGUACCUUUGUCGAUUGGCAAAAGGUUAAGCUUCAAGAAUCUUCCCACGAGAUCCCGACUGGAAGCAUGCCGCGCACGAUGGAUGUUAUUCUAAGAGGCGAGAUGGUCGAUCGCUGCAAGGCCGGUGAGCGCUGCAUUUUCACUGGUACCUUGAUUGUUGUCCCCGAUGUGAGCCAGCUAGGAUUGCCCGGUAUGCGUCCCGAGGCCGUCCGUGAUAAUGGUUCUUUCCGUGGCAGCGAGGUUGGUGGCGGCGGUGUCUCUGGCUUGAAAGCCCUGGGUGUCCGUGAUCUGACCUACCGACUGGCUUUCCUUUCAUGCAUGGUCACCCCCGAUACUUCAACUCCUGGCCAGAAGCCCGAACAGCAACUCAGUGGCCAAUCUAACAACAUUCUGGCCUCUCUUAACCAAAACACCGAUCCUGACAUGAACGAAGAUAAGGCCCAAGAGGCCUUCCUCCAAAGUCUCACGCCUAGUGAGGUUCAGGACUUGAAGACCCUUGUUCACUCAGAAUACAUCUAUUCACGACUAAUUGAUUCGAUUGCUCCCAUGAUUUGGGGUCAUCGCCAGAUCAAGAAGGGUCUGCUGCUGCAAUUACUCGGUGGUGUGAGCAAGAAUACCUCCGCCGAGAGCCUUAAGCUGCGUGGUGACAUCAACGUCUGCAUUGUUGGCGAUCCAUCCACCAGUAAGAGUCAGUUCUUGAAAUAUAUUUGCUCACUGCACCCCCGUGCAGUCUAUACUAGCGGUAAAGCUUCAUCUGCCGCUGGUUUGACAGCUUCAGUUGUGAAGGAUGCCGAGACUGGCGAGUUCACCAUUGAAGCCGGUGCACUGAUGCUGGCCAAUGGCGGUGGUAUUUGCGCUAUUGACGAGUUCGACAAAAUGGACAUUGCCGACCAGGUGGCUAUCCACGAAGCCAUGGAACAGCAGACCAUUUCCAUCGCUAAGGCCGGUAUUCACACCACUCUGAAUGCUCGCGCCUCCAUUCUCGCUGCUGCCAAUCCCAUUGGAGGUCGUUACGACCCGAAGCAAACCCUCCGUCAGAACCUGAACUUCAGCGCACCCAUCAUGAGUCGAUUCGAUGUGUUCUUCGUCGUUCGCGACGAGCCCAAGGAGCAGGUGGACCGCAACCUGGCUGAGCACAUCGUCAACGUGCACAUGAACCGCGACGAGGCUGUUGAGCCUGAGCUUAGCACUGAGCAGCUUCAGCGCUACAUCCAGUUUGCGCGUACCUUCCGCCCCGUUUUCACUGACGAGGCUAAGACUCUUCUUGUUGAGAAGUACAAGGAGCUCCGGGCCAACGAUGCACAGGGUGGUAUGGGUCGCUCAUCCUACCGUAUUACUGUCCGUCAGCUCGAGUCACUGAUUCGUCUGUCCGAGGCCGUCGCCAAGGCCAACUGUGUUGAAGAGGUUACUCCCAAGUUCGUUAUUGAGGCUUACGAUCUCCUCCGUCAGAGUAUCGUGACUGUUGAGAAGGACGACGUUGAGAUGGAUGACGAUGCUACAACCUAUGAUGACGAAGACCAGGAAAUGGCCGACCGUGACCGCGAAGGUGACAGCCCGAUGCGCGAAGACGGCGAAGAGGCCCAGGCCAAGUCGGAACGUCCAAAGACCAAGAUCACUUACGAUAAGUACGCGAAGAUCUUGAACUUGCUUGUGCGACGAGUCCGCGAGGACGAGGUCAACGCAGAAGAUGGUGUUGAGCACGAAGAUCUGGUUCUCUGGUACCUGGAGCAGAUCGAAGGCGAGAUGGAUACUCAGGAGGAUUAUGCCCGCGAGCGUGACCUGGUCACCAAGGUCUUGAAGCGUAUGACCAAGGAGGGUAUCCUACUCCAUAUAAACGAUGAGGGCAGCACUGGGCAGCCCGGCGAAGAAAAGAAGGUUUCCUACGUGUUGCAUCCUAACUGUCCUUUCGAGGAGGUAUGA